AUGGAAAAUGGUGCUUCUUACGUGGCGAUGGUGCUAGUUCAAUUGGCCUAUGGAGGCUCGAACAUUCUCAUGAAGAUCGCUCUUGAGAACGGGCUCGAUCGGCUCGUCUUCAUUGUUUACUGCCAUUUGAUCGCCGUGUUAUUAUUAGGCCCUCUCGCUUUUGUGCUCGAAAGCAGGAAGCAGCGCCCUUCGCUCUCGGUCAAAGUCAUGGCCAAAAUCUUCGUGCUCUCCUCCCUCGGCACCACCAUCCAUCUCAAUGUGUACUAUGCUGGCUUGGCGUACACUUCCGCGACCGUCGCGAGUGCCUUGAGUAAUGUCAUCCCUUGCAUAUCGUUUCUCUUUGCAGUUAUGCUCAGGAUGGAGAAACUCAGCAUCAAGAACGCUAGUGGCCGAGCUAAGAUUUUCGGCGCGCUUAUCUGUGUCGGCGGGUCUCUCACGUUUACCUUCUGGAAGAAAGGGUACCUGAUAAGAAGCCUUCUGACGAAGCCAUUGAUAAGCCUUCAUGACACCAGCCAAGCUUCUGAUGUCUUGAGGCAUGGAAAAGAAAAUUGGAUCAAAGGUUCUUUACUUAUCCUGACCAGUCACACUGCAUGGAGUGCAUGGCUUAUUCUCCAGGCUGUCGUAUACAAAGCCUAUCCAGCUCCCUUGUCCCUCACUACUUUGAUUUGCGUCUUCGCAUCGCUGCAAUCUUCCGUCCUUUCCUUGUUCUUCGCGCGAGAUCGGAGCUUGUGGAAGCUGGAGUGGAACGUGCAGCUCUGGACCAUCAUCUACGCUGUAUGCUCGUCUAGUGAAUACAAUUUCACAUCACCACAUAUUAUUCAUAGUAAAUUCAAUCUAAGUUGUGCUUCUCUUAUUUAUCUAUUUUUAUCUACUACUUUUGCUAUUCUUUUCAAAUUCUGUAGCUUUAAUUUCCACCAUCCAAUAAAAUCGAUUCAUCUUGCCCAUUUUCUUCCACAGGGAGUCGUGUCAUCAUCGCUAGUGUACUAUCUACAAACAUGGUGCAUAAGUCAUAAAGGGCCGGUGUUUGUGGCAAUGUUUAGUCCGUUACAACUCGUGAUCGUGGGGAUAUUCUCAGCCGUAGCCUUUGAAGAGCAGUUUCAUCUGGGCAGCCUAAUAGGAGCUUGUAUCAUUGUUCUGGGGCUGUACUGUGUGCUCUGGGGCAAAAGGAAGGAGAGCCUUGACAAUGCACAACUGGAGAACCAAAAAGCCGUAGCCGAUUGUAAUGCGCAGGAGAUCUCAAUGACUACUGUCAAGUAGAUGAGGGAAUCACAUCUUUGUAUACGAAGUCGAAAAACAGUGUCAUUGGUUCCUCGACCACAGAUGAAGAAAGCUGUAUACCAUCAUAUGUUAGAAAAAAAAAUUCUGCUUGAAAGUUGACUGUAGAUCAUCCUCAUGAUGACUUUUUUCUCUUCAGUUGCACUUGUUCUCUCACAUAUUGCUCAUUCCAGACAGUACUAAAUGCCUCAUGGAUUUGUCACAAAACUGUAAAGCUACAAGCGGUCACUGCAGAGCACAAUGCACAUGGUUUUAAUUCAUGGAGUUUUCUCUGUCUCUUC